GGCCUCAGUCUUGACUCACAUACAAAAAACAUCAAAAAACUCUUGCGCCGCAGCUGCGAUGGGCCCUCAACUGCGUCGAAAUCUGGAGGAGCUCCAGAGCCUUCAAGAGGAGCUGAGUUGGAGCAAUCGUCCCAGCCUCCCAGUCAAAGCGCUGGAUCACCUUCCAAGGCCACCCCACAAGAGGGCCAAAGCUUUGCCUUCCUCUGCUCCUAUCCCUGGAGCGUUGGGUGCCGCGAUGGGUCUGCCACAGGUGGGUGGCAAGCUGGACAGCCAGGGAGACGCAGCUUUGCAGGCCCUGGUGAAGGCCAGCGCAGAUCUUCAAAAGAUGUCUGGAACCAGUGCGCAGCACUUGCAGCCCUCUAUUGCAAGCAUGGCAGCCUUCCUGCCUCUUGCGCUUUCAGCAGGACCGCGAAGCAAGCACGGCGGACACUUCCUGUAGAGAAACAAAUCUGCCGCAGCCCUGGGUGACUGGUUGCCCACUGCAGCCUGGUAUGCCGACCGACUGCUGAGUUUAC